CGAGCAUCUCGAAUCCGCGUUCCCAUGGCGAGCUCCGAUCCGAGCGGGAAGAAGGACUACUCGACGGCGAUUCUCGAGAGGAAGAAGUCGCCGAACCGGCUGGUGGUCGACGAGGCCGCCAAAUCCAAUGACGACAACUCCAUCGUCGCUCUGCACCCGGACACGGUGGAUAUGCUGCAGCUCUUCCGUGGAGACACCGUCCUGAUCAAGGGCAAGAAGCGAAAAGACACGGUCUGCAUUAUGCUUCCGGAUGACACAUGUGACAAGACCAAGAUCAGGAUGAACAAGGUCGUCAGGAAGAACUUGAGGGUGCGGUUAGGUGAUGUAGUUUCUGUUCAUCAGUGCCCAGACGUCAAAUAUGGAAAUCGUGUGCACAUCCUUCCCGUUGAUGACACGGUCGAAGGGAUCACUGGAAACCUGUUUGAUGCCUUCUUGAAACCAUACUUCCUUGAAGCCUAUCGCCCUCUUAGAAAAGGAGACCUUUUCCUUGUGAGAGGUGGCAUGACAAGUGUGGAAUUCAAGGUCAUAGAGACUGACCCUGCAGAGUAUUGCGUCGUUGCACCUGACACGGAGAUAUUCUGUGAUGGUGAGCCUAUCAAGAGGGAGGAUGAGGAGAAGCUGGACGACGUUGGCUACGACGAUGUUGGUGGAGCUCGCAAGCCGAUGGCCCAAAUCAGAGAACUGGUUGAGCUCCCGCUGCGCCAUCCUCAGCUGUUCAAGUCCAUCGGCGUGAAGCCUCCCAAGGGCAUCUUGCUGUAUGGGCCACCUGGGACCGGCAAAACCCUCAUUGCCAGGGCUGUGGCUAAUGAAACAGGUGCCUUCUUUUUCCUGAUUAAUGGCCCAGAGAUUAUGUCAAAGUUGGCUGGAGAAAGUGAGAGCAAUCUCAGAAAGGCAUUUGAAGAGGCUGAGAAGAAUGCGCCGGCCAUCAUCUUCAUCGAUGAGAUUGAUUCCAUAGCCCCAAAGAGAGAAAAGACCAAUGGAGAAGUCGAAAGGCGUAUUGUUUCGCAGCUGCUCACUCUUAUGGAUGGGCUUAAAGCUCGUGCACAUGUUAUUGUUAUGGGUGCUACCAACCGCCCAAAUAGCAUUGAUCCGGCUCUCAGAAGAUUUGGAAGGUUUGACAGAGAGAUCGACAUUGGAGUCCCUGAUGAAGUUGGACGGCUUGAGGUUCUCCGGAUUCACACUAAAAACAUGAAACUAGCUGAAGAUGUUGAACUGGAGCAUGUUUCUAGAGACACGCAUGGCUAUGUCGGUGCUGAUCUCGCUGCCCUUUGUACCGAGGCCGCUCUCCAGUGCAUUCGUGAGAAGAUGGAUGUUAUAGACCUCGAGGACGAUACCAUUGAUGCAAAGAUACUGAAUUCUAUGGCUGUCACAAACGACCAUUUCAAGAUUGCACUGGGGACAAGCAACCCAUCUGCUCUUCGUGAAACUGUGGUCGAAGUUCCAAAUGUCUCUUGGGAAGAUAUUGGUGGUCUGGAGGGUGUCAAAAGAGAGCUGCAGGAGACCGUCCAAUAUCCGGUGGAGCAUCCGGAGAAAUUCGAGAAGUUUGGCAUGUCUCCUUCCAAGGGUGUUCUGUUCUAUGGCCCUCCAGGCUGUGGUAAGACCUUGUUGGCCAAGGCAAUUGCUAACGAGUGCCAGGCUAACUUUAUUAGUAUCAAAGGACCGGAGCUGCUUACAAUGUGGUUUGGUGAGAGUGAGGCCAAUGUGCGUGAGAUUUUUGAUAAGGCUAGGGGGUCAGCACCAUGUGUGCUCUUCUUUGAUGAGCUUGACUCGAUUGCCACCCAGAGAGGAAACAGUGUAGGCGAUGCGGGAGGUGCCGCUGAUAGAGUGCUGAAUCAACUUCUUACCGAGAUGGAUGGAAUGAACGCCAAGAAAACUGUGUUCAUCAUCGGUGCUACCAACAGGCCAGACAUUAUAGACCCUGCCUUGCUUAGGCCUGGGCGUCUUGAUCAGCUUAUCUACAUUCCUCUGCCUGAUGUUGAAUCCAGGCUCCAGAUCUUCAGAGCCUGCCUCAGGAAGUCUCCUGUGGCCAAAGAUGUUGACCUGAAUGAGCUCGCCAAAUACACGCAAGGGUUCAGUGGUGCAGACAUCACGGAAAUCUGCCAGCGUGCAUGCAAAUAUGCCAUCAGAGAGAACAUUGAAAAGGACAUGGAAAAGGAGAGGAGGCGGAAGGAAAACCCUGAAGCCAUGGAGGAAGAUGUGGUGGAUGAGAUCGCUGAGAUCAAGGCUGCUCACUUCGAGGAGAGCAUGAGGUAUGCACGCCGGAGUGUGAGUGAUGCUGAUAUUCGCAAAUAUCAGGCCUUUGCUCAGACACUGCAGCAGUCCCGUGGUUUCGGCAGUGAGUUCCGGUUCCCUGACCAGCCAGCGGGAAGCGCUACCCCUGCGACCGAUCCUUUUGCAUCCACUGCCUCGGCAGCUGAAGAAGAUGAUUUGUACAGUUAAAUUUUUACCAUUAUUUCCUUGUACUUAUCAUAUUACUAUGCUGGCAUCUGUAAGAC